CCGAGAAAACAUUCCUUUCUUUCUUCUCUUAUGUACACGAAGUAUAAAGUUGGAGCAAUAAUAAUAAAUCCUUCCUUAAAGGCCUUAUAUCAAUUCCAUUAAUUUUUUCCCUCUUUGGCUUUUAGAAUGAGCACUGAAGAGCUAUUGACCAUCACCCACUUCGAGCUCAAGUUCCCAUUUGAGCUUAGAAAACCAAUCUCAUGUUCAUUUGAGUUGCUUAACAGAACAGAUAAUCACGCUGCCUUCAAGGUUAAGACAACUAAUCCAAGGAAGUAUACUGUAAGGCCAAACUAUGGCAUCGUCCUACCUAGAUCGCGGUGUAAUGUCACAGUUACAAUGCAAGCUCAAAGUGAGGCACCGCUCGAUAUGCAAAGCAAAGACAAAUUUCUUGUACAGUGUGUGAUUACUCACCCUGGUGCGGCACCUAAAGAUAUCUGCCAAGAGAUGUUUAAUAAGGAGGUGGGAAAGUAUGUACAAGAAUGCAAAUUGAAAGUUGUGUAUGUUACGCCACAAAGACCACCAUCCCCAGUCCCAGAAGAACCUGAAGAAGUGAAUUCACCACCUAUCACUUCUAAACCGGAAAAGAUGACUCAUAACGAGUACUCUGCACCUAGGGUUCAAAUUUUGAAAUUAGUGGAAGAGCGGGAUACUAUUAUUCAGAAAAAUGGCAAACUGCGACGAGAGUUGGAAUCUUUGAAGCGAAGAGAUCCACAAAAGCGUGCAACGGUUCCCAUUCUGUAUGCUUUUCUGGUAGGUUUGAUUGGCAUUCUAAUGGGAUGCUGUUCUUCUUAAGAAAGUACUUGUCAAGUCAAAGGGGGCUGGUUUUGAUUUGACGUGAAAUUUUGGUUUUGACCCUUCCCUAGCAAUAUGUACAUCUUGAGACCGGUUGCAUCGUAACCGUAUGUGUGAAAAAUGAAAAUUUAUACGUAGUACUACUACUUUCACUUGUGUGCAAUCUUGUAAAGAAGAUAGAGGAACGUGCUAAAAUGGGUGUCUAGCAUGAGGAUUCAAUGAAUCAUCCCCCCCCAUUCACCUGGUGGAAAAGAAAAUCAAGAAAAGCAGCUGACCUAGGAUAAAAAAAAUUACUACGCACGGAGUAUAAUAUUAUUACUGUCAUUUUAUUUGUUAUUCCAUUGUCCAAGGGCGUAGCUAGCCGCGACUCUAUAUCGCACGGCUGGGGGCAUUUUUGUAAAUUAAGUGAAAUCAUAGUUUCGUUAAAUGAGCAUUAAUGUACGUAUUGUGAGUAUCUAAUACGUAGUAUAUUCUAGUGAGUAUUGAGAGUGUAAUAAUGAACGUGAUAUCGGUUUCAUAUGUUAUAAUUCAGGGAUAAUUUGAAUUUACACCCCAUUUUAUCGUCCAAAUUAGACUUUGCAUCCCCUUUUUUAAAAAGGGAAAACUGUCAAAUAAGUCUAUAUACUAUUUCGAAAAAGUCAAUUGAGUUCACGUACAAUAAAAUGAAUCAAUUAAGUUCACUAACUGUUAAAAUUUAGUCAAUUAGGCUUUUUAGCCGGUGGUGGACGAGAAAAACCGGUAGUUGCUGAUGUGGAGGUACAUGUGGCCUUUUUUCUCUUCUUCUUUUUAAAUUUCUUUAUUAUCCCGUGUUUCUCUUCCCUCUUCAUGUACUUGACCUACAAUGGCUUCUUUCUUCUUUCUUUUCCAUUUCUUUUCCCGUUUUUUUCUCUUCCCAGUUUCUUACUUUCGUUCUCUUCCCUCUUCCAUGGACUUAGCACUGGCUUCUUUCUUUCUUUUCCAUUUUGUUACCUUUUCUUUCCCGAUUUAUUUCUCUUCCCCUGUUUUCCUUUCCCGUGCCGCCGCUGUCCGCCGUCGGUUUCGUAGAUGGAAGAUCUCUUCGAUUUCGUAGGACGCAAUCCAGGUUCCAUCGGACAAGAAUGGAAAGGAAGGAACCAGCGAAUUAACAAGAAAGAGAAGGGAAAAGGGAGGGGGAGAAAAGAAAGGGAAGUGCCGCAUGGUGACUGGUGAGAGAGGGGGAAGGGAGGAGGAUGAAAAAGACAAAAAGGAAAAGGAAGGGGGAGUGUUGCAGGGAGAGAAGGAAAAGAAAAAUGGAAGGAGGGAGGUCUGUACAUGCCGCAGGGAGAGACGGAAAGAUGGAGUAGACAGAAAAAGACAAGAAGAAAAAGAGGGGAAAAGAAAGGGGGAAGCAGGGGUUGUCACGAACCAGAGAAAGAGGGAAAUAAUAAAGACAAAAGAAAGGAAAAAAAUGAAAACGAUUAAAAAAUGUCUAGGUGGCCUCCACUUCAUCAAUGUAACUGGUUGGUAACCGCUUAAAUGGAAAGAUUGGUUAAAAUUUAAGAGUUAGAAGACUUAAUUGAUGGAGUAAAAAUUACAUGGACUCAAUUGACUUUUUCGCAAUAGUAUGUGGACUUAUUUGACACUUUUCCCUUUUAAAUUUUUUUGUUUUUGCACCUCAACCCCAUAUGAAAAGACAAAAAUGUCCUCGAUCAAGAAUAUGUUGGAGGCCAACAAAAUUGUCAAUGGAGGAGCAUUUUUAUCUUUUGCUAUAGGGUUGGGGUGCAAAAUCAAAGAUUUUUAAAAACGGGGUACAAAGUCCAAUUUGGACAAUAAAAUGGGGUGCAAACUCAAAUUAUCCCUAUAAUUCACUUUGCUUUUUUUUGUUUUUUAAAAUAUCAAUGAUGAACCCGUAUGAAUCCAAUAUGUGAAUUUAACGUAACAUUAUACUUUUGAAAGAUGCACGGAUAUGACGUUUUAAAAUGAGUAUUACAAAAAUAUCAAAUGAAUAUAUAUAAAUUAUGAAAUGAGCAUAAAAAUUUUCAAAAAACUCAUUUAGAAUCUCUAUUAUGCUCAACUUAUCAUUUGUGUACUUCAUUUAAAUUCUCUAGUAUGCUAAAAAAAAUUAUUUGUGUAUGCUCAUUUGUUUUUUCUAAUAUGCUCAAAUAUUCAUUUAUGUAUGUUCAAUUCUUUUAAUCUUUAUGCACAUUUAUUAUUAAUAUUUAAUAGUAUGCUCAUUUUUAACUUUUAAAUAAAUGGGUGUUCCCAAAAAAAAAAGUAAAUAUGGUGAUGGCAGAAAUGGUAGACUGUGGAAUCACCUUCAAGUCGUCCAUUAUCAGGUAGCAAGCCCCCUCUUGAACUCGCCUGUGCGGUUCAUAUCAUGACCGGCUGCGGCAGAUUGUGCCGCCGUGGGAUUGACUGGAGUGACAUAACUUAUCUUUCUGUCCAAGGUAUGCCUACAGUUGGGACAAGACAAGUCAUUUUGUUGGUGUCGGAGCAGCAGUUGUAGCAGCUAUUCACAGGUAGAAUGACAUUGUCUCAUCAUCAUCGGCCAAGAGGAGCGUUAUGUUGUUGCUGGAGGAAGAAAGGGAUUAAUUGUAAUUAAUUGCGAAAAUAUUCGGUUGUGCGGUGAGCAUCAUACAACCGGUGUACGAUAUAAUUGGUGGGCACUGGUUGGGUUACUUGGGUAGGGUAGGGUAACCUUAAUACCUUAUAAUAAAAGGAAUUGCCGGUUCCAUUGACCAGGUAGGUUCGGGCAGGGUGUACAAAUUCUCCUAGUGGUAGGAAUCGAACCUUACAUGUCGUGUUUGAAACAAGUCGGUUUGGUUUGGAUUUUCAGUAUUAGUUACUAGCAGGGGUGGAUUUUCG